AUGCGCUUCUGCCUUGUCUUUAUUAGGCUCGCAGCGUUCGUGAUCUUAAGCGGUGGUGCCACAUCGACAACCACGGACAACGAUGACACAAGAUUGCUGCAGACGAGUAAUAUUGAGACAGCUGCUGUGGCAAAUGUGCUACACGUAAUGCAGAGCUCCGAGAGUAGUAAGAGGCUCCUUAGGCUGAACGACCAAGCGGAUAUCAGUGGUCAUGACGAAGAAAGAAGCUCGCUGAUUGAGAAGGGAUGGAAAAAACUUCGAAAGCUCAUCAAGAAGGUGUGGAAAUACGUUAAGAAGCCUUUUAAGAAGACCGCGAAGAUUAUCAAAAAGCCUUUUAAGAGUCGCACGAAGAACAUUCAUAUAGUGUACUACAAAAGCCGUUUUUGA